AUGCUCCAGUACAGCGCUCAGUGGCUUAGUCUCCUUGUGGAGGAAAUCUUCAUCCUCUUCAUCAUGUCUAAAAUCCUUCCACCACAACAUUCUUCCCAUGUGAAAUCUAACUUGUCAUCAAAGGCAAAAAGCUUCACAGUCACAGAUCACCCCACCACCCUCAUCUCCACCACCUCCACAUAUACUAACACCACUGCCGACCCAGCUGUUGCCUUCAUCAAUGGCCUGCUGGACCGGAUACCCUUGCCUCGAUGGGCGAUCUACACCAUCUUUGCAGCUGGCGGUCUGCUGAUUCUGCUCUGCUGCCUGUGUGUCUGCAUCAAGUGCUGCUGCAAAGGAAAGAAGAAAAAGAAGAAGAACGAGCAGAUCAAUCUGAAGGCGGUGAAUGGAAAAACAACCACAGCCCUGGUUCAGCCAGAUGUGGCAGAUGUUGAUUAUGGCUCAACCAAAAAGCAGAGAGGAAAGCUGCUCUACUCUCUGGAAUAUGAUGGGCCUCUGUCUGAGCUCAAACUGGGGAUCAAACAAGCCAGCAGCCUGAUGGCCAUGGACCUCGGAGGAACCUCAGACCCAUAUGUCAGAGUCUACAUCCUCCCCGAAAAGAGCAAAACCUAUGAGACCAAAGUGUUCAGGAGCACGCUGAACCCUGUCUUCAACGAGCAGUUCACCUUCCAGCUACCAAAGUCUACCCUCAUGAAGUCGACAGCUGUGAUGAAAGUGUUUGACUUUAACCGGUUUUCCAAACACGAAAUCAUCGGCGAGAUCCGGGUGCAGCUCUGCAAUGUUGACUGGAAUCACAUCAUCGAGGAGUGGCAGGAGCUGGAAGCACCCGCCAAAUUUGAGGAAGAAAAUCUAGGAGAGAUCUGCUUCUCCCUGCGCUAUGUUCCCUCUGCCAGCAAGCUGACUGUGGUAAUCCUGGAGGCCAAAAACCUGAAGAGCAUGGACGUUGGAGGAUCCUCAGAUCCUUAUGUGAAGAUGCAGCUAGCUCUGGACAAAAGGAAGUGGAAGAAAAAGAAGACAUCUAUCAAAAAGAAGACGCUAAACCCUUAUUUCAACGAAUCGUUUGUCUUUGACGUGUCACUGGAUCAAAUCCAGAGGGUGAAUCUGGUGGUCUCGGUGUGGGACCAUGACGCCGUGACCAGGAAUGAUCCGAUAGGGAAGAUCUACCUGGGCUGUGAUGCCACAGGGAACCAGCUAAGGCACUGGGCCGACAUGUUGUCCAACCCGCGACGGCCGGUGGCUCAGUGGCACAGCCUGCUGUCGGCCGAGCAGGUCAACUCCACUCUAACCCUGAAAAAGAAAAUGCCCAUCCCCAGCAAAAUGAAGGAAAGCGCUCAGCAGUGGUACCCUAAAUGA